AUGGUGAACGUCUACGAUCCCUACGUCUCUAUUCCGUCCAAGGAAGGCUACUGCGUGCAGAUCUUCUACAAACUGACGGCACUGCUGGAGAGGCAGGUGAAGAGAGCCGCCGAGGCCGACAAGCGCCUGGAGCGCUUGGAGAGGCUCCUAACCGGGGAGCCCUCCGCGGGGACGGACUCGGCAUCGACGUGCGACGACCGUGCCGAGUGCAGUGUGCCCGACAGUGGUUCAGGAGCGGUGAGCCGCAGGCUGGAGGACUUUGAGCUGACGCUCAAACACGCCGUGAACAGUGCCAGCUCCACGGCGGUCGCUGGGAGCCGCGUCACCGCUGCUGACGGUGCUGCAGUGCCUGGAGACCCUGCCCGUGGUUCACCAGCUCGCAGUGGCCAGCGAGAGCAGCACGAGCGGGACGCACAGCGAGUGAAGAACGGACACCUCAACAGUAUCGGCACCCGCCCGACGGCUGAUCGGCCAGUGGCGACCUCUGCAGCGACGAAAGUACGCGACUCACCGGUGGUGGCGCCAGUAACGGUAGCCGCCGGCACCGCCGUGUUGCCGCCGCCGGCGGACACGGGCCAAGCCGGGCACACUGCGCUUCAGCCCGCCGAGCUGAGUGACGCUGCUGACGUCCACGGAGCCUGCCCGCCGCCGGCGGGAGGCUGGCCAGCGCAGACCAUGGACGGCGAGGCAGCCCCUGACAACGCCGUGUCAUCGCCGCAGGCGGACACGGGCCGCACCGGCAGUACUGCAGCGCAGCCGACUGAGCCGGUCGGAGCUACCGCAUCCUACGGAGCCUCACCGCCGCCGGCCGGAGGCAUCCCAACUUGGAGCACGGACCGAGUGUACCGAGCCUCGCCGCCGCCGGCGGGAGGCCGAUCGGUUGCCACCGGCGCCGCCGUGUCGUUGCCAUCGGCAGACACGGGCCGAGGAGCCGGGCCCGCCGGCGGACACGGGCCGAGUCGGGCGUACCGCGGCGCUGUCUACGGAGCCGGACGGAGUUACUGGAGCGUACAGAGCCUCGCCGCCGCCGGCGGGAGUCUACAAACGCGGACCGGCGACGGAAACAAAACCGCUGGUGACGCCGUGUUGCCGCCGCCGGCGGACACGGACCAGCCCGGGGGCACUGCGGCGCAGCCCGCAGGCCCGGCCGGAGCCGCUGAAGCCUACGGAGCCUCGCCGCCGCCGGUGGGAGGCAUCCCAACGCCGAGCACGGGCCAAGGUGCAGCGGCCGGCCCCGCCGUGUCGUCGCCGCCGGCGGACACCGGCCAGAUUGAGUCCACCGCAGGGCAGUCUAGCAGGCCAGCCGACACCCACGGGGCCUCGCCGCCGCCGGCGGGAGGCCUACAAACGCUGAGCACGGGCCCAGGUGCAGCUGCCGGCCCCGCCGUGUCACCGCCGCCGGCGGACACCGGCCAAACCGACUGUUCCGUGACACAGCCCACCGUACCCGGUGAGACUGAUGACGCCUACGGAGCCUCGCCGCCGCUGGUGGGAGGCCCGCCGACGCAACGCAGGGACAGAGAAGAGGUCGUCAGUGACGCCGUGUCGCCGCCGGAGGCGGACAUGGGACAGACCGACUGUGCUGAGGAUGACGCGUGUCUGGCGCCGCUCGUGGGCCCGGUUCAGUGGAUGGCCGGAGACGCCGCUGGCUGUGAUCCGUGGCCGCCACCCGACACCGGAGCGCCGCCUACCGGUGACCUCCCGGGCGACAACGGGCGCGCCCGCUGCGGACGCCGGAACAAGCGCCCGCCGCCAUGGGUCGCAGCAGUCAUGUGUGCCAGCCCCGAUCGUUUGCUCGUUCGUUGGGGUGCGACCUCGUAUGAGGAGUGA